AUGGAGUACACUGUCGAAGGACAGGAAGUGUUCCCUGAUGAAUUCUCGAACGAAUCCUGGCAGUCGCCAGGCCUCCGCGCCCAAGAGCAACGCCGAGCAGCCUUGCGCCUUGCCACCGCCACAACUACGCCCACCACCAUGCCGGCUUCCCUGCCGUCAUCAUCGACGCCGUCGAAGCGGGCAAAACAAAGCCUCCAGGAGUGCCGGGAGGAGUACAAGAAGCCGGGGCCAACACACACCGCCUGCUUACCGCCGAACGCGAAGUGCGCCAUCGCGGCCAGAGAAGUGAACGCUGCUGAACGGAGAGUCAUCCUCGAAACGCACAACGCCUACAGGAGCAUGGUGGCCAUGGGCAAAAUCAGGUACUUUCCCGAGGCUAAGAAUAUGCAGCAGCUGUUCUGGGAUGAAGAGCUGGCUUCCGUGGCACAGGCGCUGGCCGACCAGUACACACCAGACAAGGGAAAGCUAAUUCACGAUGAACCUGAUGCCCGUUUCACCACCAAGUUCAGCUUCACGGGACAAAACUUGGCCGUCCGCGCAAGCAGUGCCCCUUUCAAAGGCCCCGACUGGCCCGGUCGGAUCGAAGCGUGGUUGCACGAGUACCCGCACUACCUGCCGAGCAGACUGGGUAACUUCUCCUCUCGCUCCAGAGAUCCUACUGUACACUUUACGCAGCUUGUGUGGGCGACGACGCGCUACGUGGGCUGCGGCUACGUCAGUUACAACGUCAUUGGUUACUCGAAGUUGCCGUACAUGCAGCUGUAA